GCAGUGCUGUGUUUGCAGUGUGUUGCGGGGAGCUCUGUCAGACAGUUCGCAGUGUACCAGCCGGGAUUCUGCGCAGUGAGUGCAUGUGGUCGGGCGGCGGAAGGAUUUAGUGUGUCUGGCGAGCAGUGUGCCCAGUUACCGGAUCAGACAGCUGGCUGCCCCCGCUCAGCAUGCAGCUCGCCCUGUGUGUGCUGGUACUAUGGAUCCCAUGGACCGCGGCGGAGGACAGCGCCAUGGAGGAGAUGGUGACAGAGAAGGAGGCAGAGGAGAGCCACCGGCAGGACAGCGUCAGCCUGCUGACAUUCAUCCUCCUACUGACCUUAACUAUCCUCACCAUCUGGCUCUUCAAACACCGCAGGGCACGCUUCCUGCAUGAGACCGGCCUGGCCAUGAUAUAUGGCCUUAUCGUUGGGGUAAUUCUAAGAUAUGGCAUAUCUUCUACCAGCAGCUACGACAGUCCCAUCUCUUGCUCUUCAGAACAGAAAGCUUUUACUACACUGCUCGUCAAUGUUAGCGGCAAGUACUUUGAAUACACCUUGAAAGGUGAAAUUAGCCCUGAGAAGAUCAAUAAUGUGGAACAGAAUGAUAUGUUGAGAAAAGUAACCUUUGACCCUGAAGUCUUUUUCAACAUUUUGUUGCCCCCCAUUAUUUUCCAUGCUGGAUACAGUUUGAAAAAGAGGCAUUUCUUCCGGAAUAUUGGAUCCAUUCUUGCCUAUGCUUUCUUUGGUACUGCGCUGUCGUGUUUCAUUAUAGGGAAUCUCAUGUAUGGAGUAGUGAAACUGAUGGCCCUAGUAGGGCAGCUGAAUGGAAAGUUUUUUUACACAGACUGCCUCUUUUUCGGAGCCAUCAUUUCUGCUACGGAUCCAGUUACUGUCCUGGCAAUAUUUAAUGAUCUGCGGGCUGACGUGGAUCUGUAUGCACUUCUGUUUGGUGAAAGUGUCCUCAAUGAUGCUGUAGCUAUUGUGUUGUCUUCGUCCAUCGUUGCUUACCAGCCUACUGGUGAGAGAAGUCACACUUUUGAUGCUGCUGCGUUCUUCAAGUCUGUUGGAGUCUUUGUUGGGAUAUUCAGUGGCUCAUUUGCUAUGGGCGUUUGUACUGGUGUUGCAACAGCUCUUGUAACCAAGUUUACCAAGCUGCACUGCUUCCCUUUGCUGGAGACCGCUCUGUUCUUCCUGCUGUCAUGGAGCACCUUCCUUCUUGCUGAAGCCUGUGGAUUUACUGGUGUGGUGGCCGUCCUUUUCUGUGGAAUCACACAGGCACAUUAUACCUAUAAUAAUUUGUCAGUGGAAUCAAGGAAUAGAACCAAACAGCUUUUUGAAGUUUUGCACUUUCUUGCGGAGAAUUUCAUCUUUUCUUACAUGGGGCUGGCCCUUUUCACGUUCCAGAAGCAUGUUUUCAAUCCAAUCUUCAUUGUUGGUGCUUUUGUGUCUGUGUUUGUUGGCAGAGCUGCUCAUAUCUACCCACUGUCCUUUUUUCUGAACCUGGGCAGAAGGCACAAGAUUGGAUGGAACAUUCAGCACAUGUUGAUGUUUUCAGGUCUUCGAGGUGCUAUGGCAUUUGCUCUUUCCAUUCGAGAUACAGCUUCGUACGCUCAUCAGAUGAUGUUCACCACAACUCUUCUAAUAGUCUUCUUUACAGUAUGGGUAAUUGGUGGAGGAACAACACCAAUGUUAUCGUGGCUCAAUAUCAGAGUUGGUGACUAUAAUCCAUCGUUGGAAGAUAUGACCCUUAGACGUUGGCAGUAUUUCAGAGUUGGUGUUGAUCCAGAUCAGGACCCACCACAAACGAAUGACACCUUUCAAGUUCUGCAUGCAGACGGACCUGAUUCAGUUGGAAUUAGUCGGACAAAGCAGGAAAGUGCUUGGAUUUUUAGGCUCUGGUAUAGCUUUGACCACAAUUACCUGAAGCCAAUGCUCACACACAGUGGUCCUCUGUUAACUACAACACUUCCGAGCUGGUGUGGUCUGAUCGCUAGAUGUUUCACAAGCCCCCAGGUCUAUGACAACCCAGUGCCACCCAGAGAAGAUGACACAGACUUCAUACUUAAUGAUGCUGACCUUACGUUAACCUAUGGUGAUACCACAAUAACUGCAAACGGUUCUUCAGGCUCCCAUACAGCCACCACAAGCCUUGAUGGCAGGAGAACAAAGAGCAGCUCAGAAGAAGCUCUAGAACGUGAGCUUGUUGGAGGAGGAGACUAUGAAAUCACAAACAGGGGCACCAGACUGGUGUUUCCUCUUGAAGAGAACCCAUGACCUAAAACUCUAGUAACAAUGAAGGAAAGAUGAUGAUGCUGCUCCAAGAACGAUGCCAGGACCAACCCAGUCCCCAGUAUGGUGAAGAGUCGGAUGCAAGUUCACACACCUAGAAUGUGACAAUCCUGGUGGUACUGAACUUGGACUAUAUCGAGACUGAAAAUAUUUCAGGCAUUGCAACCUGUAUAAAACUGUUGCAAAGUGUGUGGCAAAAACAGUCAGCAUUUGCAGUAAGCCCAUCCCUUGCCUGUUCCCCCUUUUUCCCCCUCAACAGAAACUUGACAUGCUCCUAAUGAAUUCUAGUGUAUACACCUGAGUAGCGAAGAACCGCUGUAUGAGGUCAAUGUGACUGCUUUACUUUCUGAGCUGUGUGCAACCUUAUUCUUGGGACAUUGAAGCUGUUCUGGGAAGUGCCUGUAAUUUAUUAGCAAAAUGACAUUUGUUACCCUGAUGGAGUUACUGAAAUACUUAACUUAAUGUUUUUUUUUUUUUUAGUUUUUUUUUUUUUUAGCAUGAAUAGGAUAUUUUACCUAAUAAGACCAUUUUUAUUAUUUUUAAUUUGUAAUGAUAUGGAAAUGUGCAUCCUAUUUACAAGCAUGACAAAAAAAUGCACAUAUUUCAUUGAGCAAAAUCUUGUAGGUUUUUCACAUAAAUGUAAGGUUGCUUCCCGGACUAGUUAAAAUUCAGCACACGAAUACGUCUUUUUCAAACAUUGCAAAGACCGCAGGACAUCUCUAUAUGCAAUUUAACUUCCUGAUAUUACUGGUCUUGUUUUCUGAAAACAAUCUUGUUCUCCUCUCCUCUGCUCUGCUCAUCUAAUAAAAUGCCCUUUUGUGCUUAAAAUAUACUUUUAAAAUGUAGGUAGUUUAAACUGCCCUGAAACCAUUAAAUCUUAUUCUCCAUGCAGAUAUAUGUGUAAGUAGAACAUGUAUAGUGAGUAGCUACCUUGUUUUUUUUUUCUUAUGGCCAAACAUAUUUGGAUUACUAGCAAAGUAUUUAAAGAGACUGUGACCUGCUACUUAAGUUACAUUUGAAAAUGGUUGUUUGAGAAUAUAGAUGCCAGACAUAAUAUACGGUACUUUGUGGAACUAGGUUUACUUCAAAAAUGUUACUCUUUGGAUCUCAUAAUGGAAAAAGUGAUUCACAUCUACUGAUCCAAUUACAGUAGAUCACAGAUGGUAUUAUUAUUUUUUUCUGGCAGGUAAGUUGAUGAUAGACCUGGUAUUACCUUGGCAAAUUAUUCUUUAAUUUUACAAAUACCCAUUAAUUAACUGUUAUGUAAAAUAUCUGAUUGUCAGGUGUUUUCUUUGAAAGCAGUCCGGUUACAGUAACUAGGUUGUUGUAGAGAGUUGAUUGGGUUCUAAUUAGCUGAUGUGCCUGUUCCAAACAUAGGGAACUACUGCUGUAAGCAAUAUAUAUGUCCACCCUGCAAUACUUCUUUAAUAAUACAAUGUGUGUAAAAGCAACAUGCCCACUCUUGAAACAGUCUGUAGAACCCCAUGAACAGUAAACCAAAUAAUGAGAUUAAACUAUGGCUUGUGGUUGAUAAGGGGCAGGGUAUUAGAAAAGAGGAGUAUGUAAAAAAAAAAAAAAAAAAAACAUAAGCAAAAGAAAGGCAUCUUUUAUAACCCAAAUGUACUUUGUGCAAUGAUUCUUUUACAUGCAUAGUCUUUUGUUUUCAGCAAUGACUACAUUUCAUAAUUUAGCACAAUGCAGAACCUGGGUUUUAUCAUUGCAUAGACCUAGGAAUUAAUGGGCAGUAACUGGGAGCUCUCCUUCCCCAGUGAACACCACUCCAUGUAAACUGAGUUUGUUCUGAGCUUGGAACCAUACCAAAAUGGGUAUACUCACAUGCACUCUCUGGAUCUACCUGUCCAGUUUCAGUAUAUGAUGAUCACUGUCUAAACCACAUGAUGGCGUACUGACAGGUUGGUCAUGUCUUGCACAAUGUGAAUGCAGAGUGCGCUAUGUUCCACACUGCAUGCACAAAACAGUGAUGAUAUGCCGUGUAAUCUGUACGAUCGUGUUGUAGAAGCAUAGUAGUGCAAUCUUUCAAUUUCACAACGUUAUGGAUUAUAUAAAGUGUUGCCUUCUUCCUGCAACUAACUUUUUGAUGACAAGGGAUUUUAAUGUGAAGUCCUGCCCCUUUGAAAGUUAACAAAACGUAGUCACGCAAUAUGUCAUCCAUUCCUUUUGGUGGUAAGGUGGAAUAUACCAAUUACUGAGCCACUAACAUCCCACCUUGAGCACCUGCAGGCGUGAUAGUUGUUUGAGUGAUAUAGAUCGACACACAGAUAAUAGAACACAGCACAUUAUUACAACACAAGCAGUUCAUUCACAAGGUAGGGGCCGAGCGGUAGGUUUCAAUGACAAAACAGAGCACUGGAUGUAUUAAAAGUCCAAAUAAGAAACUGUUUUAACUUGUUAAUCACAAGAGGCUUGCCAGUUUCUAUUAUCACAUUGUCCUGAAAGGGUUAAAAGACAGAAUAUGAAAUGUACUCUAUUUAGAACUGUUCUUCAUUAUAGUUGUGUACAAAUAAAGGAAUGGAAUAGUAAGACAAAAAUAAACUAUUUUGGCACACCAUUUGAUAUGAUUUGCUAGAAUAGGCAGCCAUGACUUAUUGCAACAUGGCAUGCAAUAGUGAGGUAGAUGGUGUAUGUAAUGCAUAGCAUGAUCGGGAAAUGGUCCCGAAGCACAAACCAAAUACAGUAUAUGCUUGGAAAGUCCCCUUUAAGGCUCUUAUAACUAUUUAUAACCCAGUGUAUAGAAAUAGAUAUUAAAUAUAGUACAGAAAGCACCAGUGUUUUUGGUUAUCUGUAAUAGUGAAUAAUAUACUAUUGUGGUGUAACUGUGAGAAUCAGGACAGUGCCUUCACCCUGUAACUGGCGUAAUAAUAUGGCACUCAACCAGUUAAAAAAAAAAAAUUAAAAAAUUAUUCCUAAUUUUCAAAGCUUUAAUGUUUAUGCACCCAUCAAAUGAUUUUGUUGGUUUCAGCAAUUGUGUCUAAUGUGAUAUGUCCUUAAGGAAAAUUUCCUUUUUUAAUAGAAGUGUAUUGUCUACCUGCUAAAAGGGAUCAUACGUGUUAAACUCUUUAUUUACUCCUGUGUUUCCAGUGCACCCAUAAUUGAGUUGACUUUUUUUUUAUUUUAUUAUUAAAUCAUUUUAUUUUAUGACUGA